UUUCCAGCCCGAUCUGUUGUAGCUGUAGUGGCAGAACAGCAUACAGUCAUGCUAGUCUUUAGCAGUUAAACAGUUAAAGUAGCCUAUACCUGUCAUUAUUAACCGAGCAUAGCUGCACCUGUUUUAUCAUUGACAAAGAUUUGAGGAAACUACACCCAUAACUGAUGCUUUUUGUUCUUUGGCCAGAAACCCAUUGUGCGCAUCAGAACUCCUGCGUCCUCUUCGAGACACGGAUUUGUUCCAGACCUCUGCGCAUCUUUUUCUUUUGCUGCUCAGCAACAAAGCACGACUUCAGUAUUGCACAGAGACCAUUGAGGAUCAGGAUUUGUAAUUACAGCCAGCAUGAUGAUUUGUUGCCUCCGAGCUCUGCUGUUGUUGGGGGCUCAGCUGCUUCUCUCAGGCUGGGCCCUGACUGCCCCCACAAACCCAAACAACUUCUUCUACCACGACUUCCUCGAUGGAAAUGGCAACAAAGAAAUUUAUUUCAGUGGUGUCAAGCUUCAUAUGGAUUCUGCUCAGGCAUCAGUGUUUGCAGUCAGAAGGGGAAACGCCACCAUGCCGUGCAGGUUUUGGCAUGAGCCUGAGGUGAGCUCACCAAGGGAAGUCCGGGUCAAGUGGUCGUGGCUGCCCGCUGCUGGGGGACCUGAGACAGAUGUGCUGGUGACUAUUGGCUCCCGCAGUCGAAGUUUUGGGGAGUUCAGGGGCCGUGUGCAGCUCAGGCAGGACUUCCCAGGAGAUGCUGCACUUGUGAUGACUAGACUCCAGUUGAAUGAUACAGGCCGUUACCGCUGCGAGGUGGUGGACGGACUGGAGGACAAGAGCACUUUGGUUUAUCUGGAGUUACGAGGUGUGGUGUUUUCCUACAAGCACCCUCGUGGUCAUUACCAUCUGAGUUUCCUGGGAGCUAAGCAGGCCUGUGAGGAGCAGGACUCUACAUUGGCCACCUCCACACAGCUCUUUCAGUCUUGGAAGGAGGGCCUGAACUGGUGCAAUGCAGGCUGGCUGGCUGAUGGGACAGUCCAGUACCCCAUUACCCGGCCCAGAGUGCCCUGCGGGGGGCACGGCCUUGCUCCGGGUGUCCGGAGCUACGGCAGACGGCACCAGCACCUUCAUCGCUAUGAUGUCUUCUGCUUCUCCUCUUCACUGCAAGGGAAAGUCUACUAUUUUCAGCCUUCACACAAGAUGAACCUGACAGAGGCUCGGCAGGCUUGUCAGGUGGACGGUGCAGAGAUCGCCAAAGUCGGACAACUCUUCGCUGCCUGGAAACUCAAAGGGCUGGACCGCUGUGACGCUGGCUGGCUGGCUGACGGAAGCGUUCGGUAUCCCAUCACCAGGCCUCGAACAAACUGUGGUCCCUCUGAGCCGGGGGUGCAAAGCUUUGGCUUCCCACCUCCCCAGCACAAGCAUGGAGUCUACUGCUACAAACCAGACAAUGAAUGAAUGUAGACCCCCACCCCUCUUCUACAGGGUCAGGGAUGUAAAGUAUGUAAAAAAAAAUCUUUAUGAGCAAGCUGUUUGAUUAAUACUGUGUAAACCCAUUGAUGAUUGACAGAAGAAAGCAGAAAAAAAAUUUACUCAAAGUUAUAUUUACUUUUUUCAUAAAUUUUUCUCUGAAGUACUAGAUAAGUUUCUCUCUAUAUGCCUUUUAAAACAUUCAAUUAAUAUGGAGGAAAAACAAUCUUUUCCUAACUUGGUUAUCGACAAUUAAAUUUUUAUUUUUUAAGGAUAGGGUGACAGUGAAAAUACAGCUAGGAAACAUUGGGAAGGAGAAGUAUCACAUGCAACAAAGUUCCCCAGCUGUAAAGUAAACCAGGGAUGCUGCGGUUAUGAUAUACAUCUUAAACACCAAGAGUCCCCGACGUUCAUUUAAUGGAAUUACAAGUUAAAAAGGGAACCACAGGUGCAAACCUUUUUUUAUAUCUACCUCUCAUAUAUUUCUCUUAGUACAUUCUGCCUGAAUAUCUCAUUUUGUACAUUAGAGCAAUGCAUUGAGAUUAGCAGUUGCAAAAUAAUAUUCAUACUUGACAUGCGAAGACUGAUGGUGGACUUACAGUUGAGAUUAUUUUGUUACUGGUUUGUUCCUACUGUAUAAUGUACCUCAGGUGAUUUUCACAUCGAGGCAGGUGUUGGGUAAUGGUUUUUACAUCUUUGGAAAUUUAUUUUUGUAUAACAAAUACCUUUCCUAACUUAACACAACAAACUUUUUAACCAAGAAGGCUGUGAGAAAAAAAAAGCAUGUUUUCAUUUGUAACUCUCUUGUUUAUACCUACUCUACUAUUUGAUGCAGUUUUUGUACACACAAGUACUCCAUAAAAGGAAACACCAAAUUUAUUCUGUGGUUGUAGGAAUGGGUAUAGAAAAAGCAGGUAUUAGCACCAUGCUGGACUAAACACUAUUUAUCCAGAGUAGACUGGAAGUCCAGUCCAAUCAUCUAAUACUGUUGUUUGUUUCUCAGUAAGUAAGUAAGAAAUUUAACUGACAUAUCAUUUAAACAAAUUCAAAGGGUGAUUUGUGUGCACUGUUUACAGGCAAAUCUCAAAUGGUGGCAGCGUCGCAUUCCACAAAUGACUGCUGCUGACAAAUUGCAGAUGAAUAUGAGUGUCUGGGCUUUUGCAUGCUAAUGUACGGAUCAAUAGUAAGGAAUUUGUUUUUAUUAAUGAAAUUUUUUAAAAUUAACACGCAAAUUGGUGCUUGGGCCACAAUUCAAUGGUGCAUUUCAGCUGAGUGAGUAUUAUCAAUGCUUCACCAGAACUAGUAAACAAUCCAGUUUUCACCUCUACUGAAUAUGAGGUGGACUAGGAUGAGGACUCUAUGGAAAAAUAUUUCAGGGUUUAUCUGCAAAAGCUUCUUUCAGUUAAUUCAAUAAAAUGUGUAAUAAAUCGUAAACAAAAAAAU